AUGCAAGCCAGGUCCGAACGCGGUCUCGAACCUUCGUCGACACAGGCUUCCCCCGUGCGGGAUGCGCGCUCCUCGUCGAUCAUCUCGUCGCUGCCGGACACGACGUCCAUCAAAUCGAGGACGUCGUCAGUCUCUGACGGCAGCGGCGCGGAGCUUUCGGCGGUGCUCGUGGACUCUGUCGGCGACAGGCCGCGGCGCUCGCUCCUGCACCUCUCGCUGACUUCCACGGUGGGCAUUUUCGCACUUGUGGCCAUCGCGGCGUUCGCCUUCAGCGUGCUGCGGGCCGGCUCGACCGCCUUUCAGGAAGACCUUGGCGCUAUGGCCGCCACCGAGAGCGAGGAAGCCGUCCUCGUGAAUGGCGUGCCCUUGGUAGAUGAACCCCCGCCCGCUCCGAGACGGCAGAUCAAGUACGGCUUCGAGGACGAGCCCGUGCACUGGAAAGUGAGCUCUGUCGCAGAGCUCGAUUUGGGUGCUGGCACGGAGAAGGGGUCGAAACCUCAGUGCGGCCAGUUCCAGUUCUCCUUCUGCAGCGAGCGCAAGGGCGGCGGCGCGUACUUUGAUCCAACGCUGGCGUCUUGCCUAGCGGUCUCGCCCGAACUCGUCUACGUGUGCAACCGAAGCCCCAAUCGGUUUUCCUCGCUAGAGGAGUGCCGCCGUAGCUGCGUCGAGCCCGUAAGGCCUCAUAGACGGUGCAUGGCGACGCCAGUGUUCUCGCUCUGCGACAGGGAACUGACGAAGAGCUGGUGGUUCUCAAACGGCACCCAGUGCGAAGAGUGGCGCUUCCCGCUGGGUCUGUGCCCGGCGCAGAAAAGCUCGGUGUUCUCGAGCGCGCGUCAGUGCAGCGACAGCUGCCUGAGACCGCGGGACAAGCUGCAUUGCUGUCACCGACCCGAGCCGCACGUCUGCACUCUCGGGCAGCUCAAGUACCCGUAUUUUGCGGCGGUCGGGUACGACGGAUGCUUCCGGUGCCUCGAGGCGACCGCGAGUGCGCUGAUGGGCUACCAGUGCCUAAUCGGCGCCAACCGAUUCGACACGAUAGACGCGUGCAACAGCACCUGCGUCGACGACAGCGGCGACCACGAAUGAAAACAGUCGUUGCUCCCAGUCGAUU